UUUGGUUGCGGAAAAUGUAUGCAAGAAGGCAUCUAUUUAAAUCAUCACAUGUUAUUUUUGGAAUCUACAACGCCUCUUCGAACUGAUGACAAUUUUAAGGCUAGAGUACAAGAAGAUCAUCAUACUGGAGUCAUGAAGAAACUAUUGCUAUUGUGGCUAAGUGGAUAUCAGACAUCCAGAUUAAGUGGACACAAAUUAACAGAGUUGUCGGAAAUAUUAAUUGCAAUGAGGAAAUGGAUACCGAACGAGUUUGCUCGAAAACCACGUUCUUUAGAUGAAUUGACUCGUUGGAAAGCAACAGAACUGCGAGUAUUUUUAUUAUAUCUGGGACCAGUCAUGCUGCUAAAUAUUUUGCCAGAAGAUAAUUUACUACACUUCAAUGCAUUACAUUGUUCAAUGCGGAUAUUAUGUCAUCCAGUGGAUUGCUUUCGUAACAAUCGAUAUAGCAGAGAUCUACUAAUUCAAUUUGUAGAAAUAUUUAAACAGUUGUAUGGCAAUGAUACUAUAAUUUAUAAUGUACACAAUUUAAUUCACAUAAAUGAAGACGUACUGAUGUUUGGACCAUUGGAUGAUUUUUCUGCUUUUCCUUUUGAAAACUACAUGCAAUCAAUAAAAAAAAUGCUUAGAAAAGCAGAUAAACCACUACAACAGUUAUAUAAAAGAAUUUCAGAAAAUUAUAAUGAAGUUAUACACAAUGAUUGUAACAAAUAUAGUAUACCUAUAUUGAAAAAGAAAUGUUUAAAAGUUCUACCAAUGAAUUGUACCAAUGCUUAUCGUAUGAUUCAAUUCAGCGACUUUAUAUUGACAGACAAGAAACCAAAUAACUGUUGUUAUCUGAAAGAUAAAACAAUUGUUGCUAUUGAACAUAUUUGUUACAACGAAAAAGAAACAGCUGUCAUUAUCGGAAGAAAAUUGUUGACAAAAAAUAAUUUGCUAUUCUAUCCUUGCGAGUCACGAAAUAUGGACAUAUAUGUAGUUCAAAAUUUGUCAGACUUGAUUAUGUGGCCAAUUACAGAAAUCAUGAAUAAAACCGUUCAACUUCCAUUUAAAAACAGAACUUCAUGGUGUUGCAUGCCGUUAUUACAUUCGUCGUUAAAAUAAAAAUACUGCUCAGCU